AUGGGCAUCGAACAGGACCCUCCAUUACCCACCCGGGAGCCCAUCGCCAUCGUGGGCAUGGCCAUGCGUCUGCCCGGCCGGGUGCACGACGGGGAGGCCUUUUGGAACAUGUUGAUUGAGAAGCGCAGCGGGCUGUGUGACGUGCCUAAAGACCGGUACAACGUGGAUGCCUUUCACCACCCGGAUGGCCAAGCCGGAACGGUGCGAAUGAGGCAGGGAUACUUCCUCGACGACGUGGACAUCCAGCAUUUUGACAGUUCCGUCUUCUCCAGCCCCAAGAAGGAGCUGGAACGGCUGGAUCCGCAGCAGCGCCAGCUACUAGAAGUGUCCUACGAGUGCCUGGAGAAUGCAGGAUGUACCUCCUGGCGGGGACAAAGGAUCGGCUGCUACGUGGGAGACUUUGGCCAGGACUGGCAGGACCUCAACGCGAAGGAGACGCAACACAUGGGCGCCUAUCGUGUCACGGGCUAUGACGACUUUGUCCUGGGCAAUCGAAUCUCCUACGAGUUUGACCUCCGCGGGCCCAGUAUGACGGUCAAAACGGGCUGCUCUUCAUCACUGGUCUGCUUGGACCUGGCCUGCAAGGCCUUGCGCGAUGGCGACUGCGAUGGCGCACUGAUCGGCGGCACGAGCUUGAUUUUCUCGCCCACCAUGAGCCUGGCCCUCAGUGACCAGGGCGUGCUAUCCCCGACGGGGACGUGCAAGAGCUUUGAUGCAUUGGCUGAUGGGUACGGCCGUGGGGAGGCUGUGAAUGCCAUUUACAUCAAGACGCUGCGCCAGGCCGUGCAGGACGGGGACCCGAUCCGGGCGAUCAUCCGGGGCACGAGUGUCAACUGCGACGGUCGCACCCCAGGAAUGCUGACCCCCAGCCCCCGGGCGCAAGAGGCGCUGAUCCGACGGGCCUACGAGGUGGCGGGCAUUGCCGACCUGGGGGAAACGGCCAUGGUCGAAUGCCAUGGCACCGGCACCCCCGUCGGAGAUCCCCUGGAAACGACCGCCGUGGCCCAGUGUUUUGGAGUCAAGGGCGUCAUCAUCACCUCGGUCAAGCCCAAUGUGGGCCACUCGGAGGGAGCGGCCGGCCUCACCAGUCUCAUCAAGGGCGUGCUGGCUCUCGAACACCGCCAGGUGCCUCCCAACAUCCACUUUACCACCCCCAAUCCGAAGAUCCCCUGGGACACCGGAAAGCUCCAUGUCCCUGUACAGGCCGAGCCCUGGCCCGCGGAUCGCGCCGAACGAGUCAGCGUCAAUUCGUUUGGCAUCGGGGGCGUCAAUGCCCAUGUGAUUCUCGACUCGCCUCGCCAAUGCGGCAUCAUCGUCGACCCCGGUGCACUUGCGGCCCCCGUUCCGGUCCCAAACCAGCCACACCUGAUGCUGUUCUCCGCCCACAGCCCGGCCUCGCUGCAGUCCUCCAUCGUUACGUACCAAGAGUACCUUAAGCAAGGCCAUGCUUCCCUGAAGGAUGUGUCGUACACUCUGGCCAACCGGCGGGCCCAUCACUCCCACCGUGGCUAUGCGGUCCUAGACGGGCCCUUGUCCUGGGAAGCGUCCACAGGGGAGACGGCCCCGUCAUCGCCUCAGAUUGCCUGGGUCUUCACAGGGCAAGGGGCACAGUGGCCCGAGAUGGGAGCAGAGCUGCUGGAAACUAAUGCCGUCUUUCGGGACACCAUCCACAAAUUGGACCGCUUCCUCCGGUCCUUGCCCACGCCACCACCCUGGACUAUUGAAGAGGAACUUCGCAAGCCGGACGGGGUUAGCCGAAUUCACGAGGCUGUCAUGGGUCACCCGCUGUCCAUUGCCCUCCAGAUCGGGCUAAUUGACGUGCUGCGGUCCUGGGGAAUUGUCCCCACAGUCGUCCUGGGUCACUCCUCGGGCGAGAUGGCAGCGGCGUAUGCCUGUGGUGCCAUCACCGCCGAGGGCGCCAUGGCUGCAGCCACUUUCCGGGGCACCAGCCAUGAGACAUCCUCCCGCAAAGGAGCCAUGGCGGCUAUCGGACUGGGCGCACCGGAAGUGACCCCCCUGCUGGAACCGGGCGUCGUCAUUGCCUGCGAGAACAGUCACCAGAGUGUCACCAUCUCGGGGGACACUCACCACGUCGAGCGAGUGGUGAAUCGCAUCCAGAGCGAACAACCUGACGUCUUCGCCCGGUUCCUCCGGGUAGAAAAGGCAUUUCACUCGCAUCAUAUGUGGGAGUACGGCCCCCGGUAUGAGGAGCAUCUCCGGCCCUUUAUCCAGAGCCACCACCCGCAGAUCCCCAUCUACUCGGCCGUCACCGGAGACCUCUUAACGGGUGAGGAUUCCCUCGGGGCCCCAUACUGGCGGCAGAACAUGGAAAGCCCCGUGCUUUUCAACGCCUCGCUUCGCUCUGUGUUGCGAGACUACCCCGAACGGCUCGUCUUUAUCGAGAUUGGACCGCAUCCGGCGCUGAAGGGGCCCAUCCGGCAGAUUCUGCAGGAUGUCGGGCGAUCCGAUGCCAUCCACGUCGGCACCCUCCAACGAACCAAGCCCUGCCAGGAGAGCCUGUUGCAGUGUGCUGGCACCCUCUUUCAGCAGCAAGUAUUCCUCAACCUUGCGGCAGUCUGCCCGCCAGGUCGUUUGGUGAAGAACCUGCCCCGGUAUGCCUGGCAGCGCGACACGUCCCACUGGGCCGAACCCCGCGUCGCCCACGAAUGGCGCUUCCGGCCACAUCCCCCGCACGAGCUGCUGGGCAGCCGAGUCAUUGAGAUGGGAAGUGAGCCUUCGUGGCGGAAUGUGCUGGCCUUGGAGAAUGUUCCCUGGCUGGCGGGCCAUCGGGUGAGCGACCAGAUUGUUUUCCCGGCCGCGGGAUAUGUCGCCAUGGUCGGGGAAGCCCUCCGCCAGUUGGAUGGGGAGUCGACCUACACCGUAAAGAAUGUAACGAUUGCGUCGGCGGCGGUGCUGGAAUCUGACAAACGAACGGAGAUCCUGACAUGCCUUCGACCAGGGUCGUUGGACUCAUCCGAGCAGUCUCCGUGGUAUGCCUUCACCAUCAGCUCGUUUGAUGGAGGCCAAUGGUUCCGAAACUGCUAUGGCGAGGCUCGGGUCUCGGUGGACAAAUCGGUCUCCCUGCAGGCUGAUGAGCCAAGCAAAGGCUUGCCUCGAAUCGUCGAUGCCGACGCCUGGUACAAUGUGUUGCAUCAAGUGGGCUUCGAUUACAGCGGCGCCUUCCGAGGCCUGCAACAAAUCUCGGCCGCGACCGUCGAGGACCAAGCAGCCGGAGCCGUGCCAUGGCAUGAGACUUACGGCAAUGGCAGCUAUGCCCUCCAUCCCGGCGUGAUUGACCAGUGCUUCCAAUUGUUCACCGUCUCAGCCUCCCGGGGUCAGGCCCGGAAAUGCCGUCAUCCGGCAGUGCCGACCUUCAUCGAAGAGAUGGUUGUUGCACCUACCCAGGGAGACCUUCACGUGGCGGCUCGCGUAGGCGCCCUCGAGAGGGGAUCCUAUCUCGGGGAUCUGGCGGCACAAAGAUCGGGUCAAGUAGUCCUCGCGGUCAAGGGCUUCAAGACGUCUGCCCUGACCAGCGCCGGCAGCGCCUCGGAACAAGUCCCCCUCAUCACCCAGCUGGAGUGGAAGCCGCACGCCGACUUCGUCAACAUGGCUCAGUUGAUGCAUCCUCGUGAGGACUGCCCCCCGGAAUGGCCGUUACUAGAGGAACUGGUUCUGCUGUGCAUGCUUUCCCACCACGACCAGGUCCAGCCUGGCCCUCAGACCCCUGAUCAUCUCCGAAAGUUUGUGGCGUGGCAGGAGGCUCAGCUCGACCGCUAUCGCUCCGGCUCCAACCCUUUCGUGUCCAAGGACCUCGGGCUAUGCGAGAUGAGCAGCGCCGAUCGGGUGGCUCGCAUCGAGGCCAUCGUGAGUCGGGUUCUGACUUCGCCCUAUGCCCCUUUCGCCCUCGCCAUUCAUCGGUUGUCCGAGUCGGCAGCCACUAUCUUCACUGGUGAGACCCAUCCACUGAUGAUACUCGGUCAGGAUGAUACCUUAGCGGAGUUCUAUACUGUCGUCGAUAGUCUGGACUAUGCGGAGGCAAUUGCGACCAUCGGGCAUACCAAUCCUUUGCUGAAAGUCUUGGAGGUGGGCGCUGGGACGGGGGCAACCACCCAGAAGAUCCUUGACGCCCUAACCUCGUCUCAGGGAGAGCGUCUGUACGCCAGUUAUACAUAUACCGAUGUCUCGACCGGGUUUCUGGCGCCCGCAAAGGAACUAUUUGCAGAUUAUGAUGAGAUAAUCUACUCGGUGCUCGAUAUCAGCCAGGACCCAGUCGUUCAGGGAUUGGAGUUGGGAAGUUACGACCUCAUCGUCGCAAGUAACGUUUUGCACGCCACCCCGUCCUUGCAGACUUCGCUGCGUCAUCUUCGAAGCCUUCUGCGCUCCGGGGGUCGCCUGUUUUUGGAAGAGCCUUGUCCCGAGGCCACAUUUUACGACUACGUAAUGGGAUACCUACCAGGCUGGUGGGUUGGCUCCGGCGAUGGCCGGGCGGAUCAGCCUUAUAUCUCCCCAGCUCGGUGGUCCGAGGAGCUGGUCGCGGCAGGCUUCCAAGCACCGGAUGCCAUGGUCCUGGAUGGGAUCGCUCCGUAUCACUCCAGUGCUGGGAUCGUUGCUUUGGCUGCCCCCCAGAAGGCAUCCCCUUCACGAGUCACCUUGUUGUGUUAUAAUGCAAAUGGGCCAUUCGUCCAAGAGGUCAUGUACCGCCUUAGAGCCCUGGACUUCUCCGUGGACAUUUGCCUACUCGGACAGCCCCUUCCCCCCUGCCAAGAUGUCAUCUCACUUCUCGACCUAGAGGAUCCCGCGAUCCAUGGCAUGUCACAGCCCACGUUCAAGGCUCUCAUCGGGUACCUGCAUGCCGUCGAGCGCAAGAUGGUCUGGGUGACCCGGGCAUCGCAGGUCAACUGCGACGAUCCCCGAGCUGCCAUGAUCCUUGGACUAGCCCGAACGGCUCGGAAUGAACUGGGCCUGGAUCUGUUUACCGUGGAAGUGGACAGCGCCACCCCAGCCGUCGUCGCGGCAGAUCUGACUGCUAAUCUCCUUCUGCGGGCCAGUUCAACCGAGUGCGACUCGGGGGUGGUGGAUCCCGACUGGGAAUAUGCUAUCGCCAACGGGGAGAUUCUGGUCCCCCGGGCCCACUGGCAGACCGUUUGCAAUGCUGUGGCACAUUCCAGCCAGGCGGGUGGCUCCUCCCAGAAGCAGCUUGCUAUCCAAACCCCCGGCCUCCUCCACACGAUGGGGUGGCGGAACCAGGAGGCCGAGACUCUAAAGGCUGGCGAGGUACUCGUGCAGACGAAGGCCACGGGGCUAAACUUUCGAGAUGUGCUGAUCAGUCUCGGAGUGUUGGACAACAGCACGGCCGAGCUUGGACUGGAAGGCGCUGGCAUCGUCCAAGCGGUCGGUCCUCACGUCCACCAUGUUUCUGUGGGCGACCGGGUCAUGUACCUAUCAAGUGGCUGUUUCGCUACUCAUGUCACACUGCCCGAGACGUCGUGCGUGAAGAUUGAUGAUUCUAUGAGCUUCGAACUCGGAGCCGCGUUGCCCUGUGUCUACGCCACGGCGACAAUGGCGUUGAUCGACAAGGCGCGCUUACAACCGGGCCAGUCCAUUCUGAUACACUCGGCUUGCGGUGGCGUCGGCCUGGCCGCCAUUCAGAUUGCGCAGAUGAUUGGCGCGCAGAUCUAUUGUACCGUCGGAAGUGAGUCGAAGGCUCAAUAUCUUGUCGAGAAACAUCAUAUCGAGCGCGAGCGCAUCUACCACUCCCGCGACGCGUCCUUUGUCCCGGACAUCAUGCGCGUCACCAAUCAGCAGGGAGUCGAUGUAGUGCUGAACUCCUUGUCAGGAGAGCUGCUCCACGCAUCCUGGAAAUGCGUCGCCGAGUUUGGGACCAUGAUCGAGAUUGGCAAGCGGGACUUUCGGCGGAGAGCCAAGCUGUCCAUGGAGGCGUUUGAGGCCAACCGGACGUUUGUUGGACUGGACCUGUGGCAAAUCUCCCAGCAGCGGCCCAGACAAGCUGCCGAACUGCUGCAGCGCUGUGUGCAGUGGAUCCGAUCCGGGGCCAUCAGGGUCAACGAGCCCGGCAACCGCUUCCCGGCCCAUCAGAUUCAAGACGCGUUCCGCUUCAUGCAAGCCGGUCACCACGUGGGUAAGAUUGUGAUCACCAUGCCCGAGCACUGCGAGGAUCUGGCAUCGCUUCCCAUGUGCCCCUCCGCUACUCUUCGGCCCGAUCGGAGUUACCUGCUCGUCGGUGGUUUGGGAGGGUUGGGCCGCGCUGUCGCGGGAUGGAUGGUGGAAAACGGGGCGCGGCAUCUCAUUUUCCUCUCGCGGUCCGCCAACCUGCGUCCAGACACCCAGACCUUCCUGGAGGAGCUCCAGUCGCAAGGAUGUCAAGUGCAGUUGGUGACGGGUAGCGUGGGCGAGCUGGGCGAUGUCGAGAAAGCCGUUGUUUCCGCGGUGGUGCCCAUCGCGGGAGUCAUCAACAUGUCCAUGGUCUUAAAGGAUGUGUCGCUCACGGAGAUGGAAUUCUUGGACUGGACCAUGGCCGUGGAGCCCAAGGUGCAGGGCACCUGGAAUUUACACCACGCCAUUCGAACGAAUCUCGAUUUCUUCAUCCUCUUCUCCUCGUACAGUGGAAUUGCCGGGCAAUGGGGCCAGGCCAACUACGCCGCCGCCAACACCUUCCUGGAUGCCUUUGUGCAAUAUCGGCAUCGUCAGGGUCUUGCGGCGUCCGUGAUCGACAUUGGGGUCAUGGGCGAGGUGGGCUUUGUCUCGCAGAACCGGACUCUUCUGGAUCGACUUGAGAAGAGUGGUAUGCAUGUGCUUACGGAGCAGGAUCUUCUGGAUGCCAUGGCUUUGGCGGUGGCGCGAUCCGCCCCGGGCCUCUCCCCGACUCCUCCUGGGGCCUACUGCAACGCCAGCCAGAUCCUGCUGGGAGUGAACACUACGGUGCCGAUUUCAUCGCCCGCGAACCGGGUGGCGUGGAAGCGCGACAUGCGUCUUAGCAUCUACCGAAAUAUCAAUGGUGCCCAUGAGAGCUCCGCUUCGGGAGUCUCGGAUCAGAAUAGUCUCAAGGGGUUCCUUGCUGCAUGCGGCGCCCAUCCCGGCAUCCUGGCAGAGGAGGCCGCCACGACCAAGAUUGCGCAGGCCCUGGCAUCGGCGCUGGCCAACUUCCUCCUCCGAGACUCGGCCAGCGUCAGUCUGGACGAUUCCCUGCCGAAGCUCGGGGUCGACUCAUUGGUGGCGAUGGAGGUGCGGAACUGGAUCCGGCAGCAGCUCGGGGUGGAGACCAGCGUCUUCGUGCUGCUGCAGAGUGCGUCCCUGUUGCAGCUGGGCGAUCACCUGCGCCAGGCCCUGAUUGCCCGCCUGGGAUGA